AGUGGGCGGGGCCAAGAAGUGGUGGGCGGUUCCUUCGCUACUGCCGGAGUCGGAGAGGCGAUAUGAGGAGCUCGUGAGGCAGUUCAGCGAUUGCGCUGUGAGGACGGCAAAAAGCCAGGGGGAGUUGCUGCCAUCAUGUCUUUACCCACGGAAGAACAGCAGCAAAAGGAAGAGACAGGCAUGGUGAGCGGGAACAAGCAGCUUUAUAAAUGCCGGUGCAAUAAUCACAGUCUACAGAUGAGGUCUGUGUCUGUGGAUCUAAAUAUUGAUCCUUCGCUGCAGAUUGACAUUCCUGAUGCUCUCAGUGAAAAAGACAAAGUGAAAUUCACAGUCCACACUAAGACUACUCUACCAGUUUUUCAGGGCACUGAGUUCUCUGUCACAAGGCAGCAUGAAGAUUUUGAGUGGCUUCAUGAUACGUUUAUUGAAACAGAAGAAUAUGCAGGACUAAUUAUUCCUCCAGCACCUGCAAAGCCUGAUUUUGAUGGUCCUAGAGAGAAGAUGCAUAAACUCGGUGAAGGAGAAAUGUCUAUGACACGAGAGGAAUUUGCCAAAAUGAAACAAGAGCUGGAAGCAGAAUAUCUUGCUGUUUUCAAGAAGACUGUGUCAUCACAUGAAGUCUUCCUUCAACGAAUUUCUUCUCAUCCUGUUCUCAGCCAAGAUCACAACUUCCAUGUCUUCCUUGAAUAUGACCAAGAUCUAAGUGUUCGGAGAAAAAACACAAAAGAGAUGUUCGGUGGCUUCUUCAAAAGUGUGGUUAAAAGUGCUGAUGAAGUUCUGUUCUCUGGGGUUAAGGAAGUAGAUGAUUUCUUUGAGCAAGAGAAGACUUUUCUUGUGAACUACUACAAUAGAAUCAAGGAAGCAUGUGUAAAGGCAGAUAAGAUGACAAGAUCUCAUAAAAAUGUUGCAGAAGACUAUAUUCAUACUUCAGCUUGUUUGAACAGCCUGGCUGUAGAAGAGCCAACAGUCAUUAAGAAGUACUUGGUGAAAAUUUCUGAGCUCUUUGAGAAACUCAGGAAAGUAGAGAAUCGUGUUUCUUCUGAUGAAGAUUUGAAGCUGUCAGAGUUAUUAAGAUACUAUAUGCUCAAUAUAGAAGCAGCAAAGGAUCUCUUGUACAGACGUACACGGGCCCUUGUGGACUAUGAGAACUCUAAUAAAGCUCUGGAUAAAGCUAGACUGAAAGGCAAAGACGUCAGAUUGACAGAAGCACAUCAGCAAGAGUGCUGCCAAAGAUUUGAAAAACUUUCUGAAUCUGCAAAACAAGAACUGAACAGCUUCAGACGGAAGCGAAUAGCAGCAUUUCGUAAAAAUCUAGUUGAAAUGACUGAACUAGAGAUCAAGCAUGCAAAGAACAAUGUUUCUCUCCUGCAAAGCUGCCUGGACUUGUUAAAGAACUGAAGGCACCUCUUCUUCUGUCUGAAUGGGUUGGGAGUCAGAGCACUGAACAGCCAAAUAGGAAUUCAUUCCUAGCUUGGCUUAUUUAAGCAGUUAUUUAGGUAAAAACAUAACUGAGCUGGCACUAAUAUAUAUGAUACAUUGUACUACAUAAGACUUGCUUGGAUUGUGACUAACUGUCUUAAUUUCUCAAGAUGAGCAAAUAUAUAUUGUUUGAUAACUGGUAAACUGCUAUUGUGACAAACUGGAUUCUGGGAAAACUGCAUAAUCUUGAAAGACAAUGUGUACUGGAAAACAUGUAAACAAGUCUGUUAUGAUCUUUUGUAGAUAUACAAAAACAUCUCAAACUAUAUCUGCAAAUGACUACAGCAAAUGCUUCUGCAGUUUUAUAAGGAAAUAUCCAAACAUACUGCUCUAUAGACAUCUGUCAAUUCAGUAUUUUGGAUUCAAUAUUUGUAUGCUCUUGGGCAGUACAAAAUAAAGACAUCUAAUCAUAA